GAACAAACUAAAAUCAAUCACUCGUCCAACGCCCCAGUAAUCGAAUGGCUGGUGCAAGUUUCGUCCCCUACGUGGUCAGUUUGUUGCUGUCCUUCUCAGCGGCCACCAUCCGGCGGGAUCUUUUCCCGUUGUCCAUCAUUCACAUCAACGACUUCCACGCUCGAUUUGAGGAAACCAACUACGUAGGAACGGUAUGUAAUCGAGAUGCGGGCCACAUUUGCAUUGGUGGAUAUGCCCGAACAGUGGCUGCCGUGAAACACUUGCUGCGUACUAGGAAGAACCCGUUGUAUCUCAAUGCGGGAGAUAACUUUCAAGGAACGUUGUGGUACAACAUGUACCGCUGGAAUGUGACGUCAGCGUUGUUGAAUAUGCUGCCGGCUGAUGCGAUGACUCUCGGAAAUCACGAGUUUGACGAUGGAGUUGCCGGAAUUGUCCCAUUCCUUGAAGCGAUCAACUCUCCGGUUGUGUUGUGUAAUGUCGAUGCAAUCGAGGAACCGGAGUUUGUCAAGUAUGAGAAAUCCAUUGUUAUUGAACGUUCUGGACGUAGAAUUGGAAUCAUAGGAGUCAUACAGCAGAAGACUUCCGCUAUUUCCAACGCUGGCAAGUUACGAUUUCUCGAUGAAGUCUCCAGUGUAAGGGCAGAAGCCCAGGUGUUGAAAGAACGAGGGAUCGAUAUCAUUGUAGUGUUGUCACAUUGUGGAGUGGAAGUGGACAAAGUUAUUGCUGUCGAUGGCGGAGACAAUAUUGAUAUCAUUGUAGGGGGGCAUUCGCAUUCAUUUUUGUACAGUGGGGAAAAUCCAGGUAUUCCUGGAACUGUGCAAGGAUCGUAUCCAACUGUAGUUGUCCAAGCAGGAGGACACCGAGUUCUGAUCGUGCAAGCUGCGGCUUAUACAAAAUUGGUCGGAGAUAUCGUACUCUACUUCGAUGAACAGGGAAUCAUCCAGCGAUGGGAAGGAAAUCCAUAUUAUCUUGGUCCCAAUGUUGUUCCAGAUCCAGAAGUCAACGAAGCCUUACUUCCAUGGAAACUUGCGGUGGAUCAACUUGGUAGUCGCAUUGUUGGUACCACCCUGACAGAUCUGCCUCGACUAGGAUGCAACUACAGUGAAUGUGCGUUGGGAAAUUUGAUAUCUGAUGCUUACGUGGAUUCUUGUAUUUAUAUGGCUGAAACCGGCCAUUGGACGUACGCAUCAAUUGGCCUUGCUAACUCCAAGGGUAUCCGAGUUGGUUUAGCAAAAGGAGAUCUCUCGUACAAAAGCCUCAUCGAAGUGAUACCUUACGAAAAUACGAUCGACAUCAUUGAACUGCGAGGAGUUCACCUACUGCAAGUCCUAGAGUACAGUUUGUCCAGCUCAAACAUCCAGAUCUCAGGUCUACGAGUGGUGUACAACAUAACAGAACCACCUGGCAAUCGGGUAAAGUCUGUCCAAGUCCGAUGCCAAGAUUGCUCGCUCCUCCGUUACUAUCCUUUGCAUACGUUCAAAUAUUAUCGAGUGGCGGUCAACUCACACAUGGCCACCGGUGGUGGGGGAUUCACCAUGUUCGAAGAAUUUGGCCGGAACAAAGUGGUUGGCGAGGUGGAUAUCAACGCCCUAGUGAGGUUCGUCCAAAAACGGUCCCCGCUGCGAUAUGAACUGGAAGGCAGAAUUAUUGUUUUGAAUUGAGUUGGGAAAUACCCGGUCAAGAACCACUUGACCUGCUAGGGUUGCUAUCUCGAAGGUACACGCACGCGACAGGAAUUUGUAAUCCGUCGGAUUGGACAACUGUUGAUUAAUGGGGAAGCCGAAACCACUGUCGAAUGUCCAUUUCAAAAUGUUUAUUGAAGUAUUUUAAGCAUUGAUUAUGAUGGACUAGCGUCACAAGACAAUGAAGGAUUUAUUGCACUUCAA